ACGCUUUCGGUCCUUAACCCAACAUUUUUUUUUUAAGGUAAAUAUUCCGAAAUACUGAGAAAAACGUGGGAUUCAGCUUGUGUUAUUUUCUUAUUAUAACAUGGGAAAGAAGAAAGGAAAGAAGGGGCGUGCUGCAAAAAAUGCAAAGGCUAAGUGUGAUACAGAGCCAGAGGAAUUAACAAAAGCACCACAUUCAUUUGUUAUAAAUAGAGGUCGAUUAGGAAAAAAUGCUAAUGAAUUGAUGUUGAAUUUUAGAAAAGUGAUGGAACCAUAUACAGCAUCUCAGCUUAAAGUAAAGAAGAAUAAUGUAAUAAAGGACUUUGUACAUAUGGCUGGACCUUUGAAUGUUUCACAUCUAAUUGUUUUUACAAAGUCUGAAAGAGGAAUAUAUGUUCGGUUAGGAAAGCUGCCCAGAGGUCCAACUCUUACUUUUGAAGUAAAAGAGUACUGCCUUGCAAGAGAUAUCAUAUCAUCACAGAAAAAAUCUUUAGUUUAUGAAAAGCUCUUUGAGCACCAUCCAUUGUUAGUGUUAAACAAUUUUACUGGUGAAGGAAAGCAUUUUAAGUUAAUGACUACAAUGUUUCAAAACAUGAUUCCCUCCAUUAAUGUAAAUAAGACCAAUUUAAAUACCAUUAGACGAUGCCUAUCACUACAUUAUAAUGAAGACAAGUGCAUUGAACUUCGUCAUUAUGCAAUUAAAAUCGUUCCCACUGGCAUAAGUAAAGCUGUGAAAAAGUUAAUUCAGAGUAAAGUUCCCAAUCUUGGGCAAUAUCAAAAUGUUGGGGAGUUCUUGCAGACUGGAAACUUGUCGGAAAGUGAAGCAGAGGUAGAUGGUACUUCAAAUACAGUUGUGUUACCUCAACCUAUAUCUUCUAGAGGCAAUAUUGUGGCUGAAAAAAGUGCAAUUAGAUUGUAUGAAAUUGGACCUAGAAUGAGGUUGCAGUUAAUUAAAAUUGAAGAAGGUUUGAUGACUGGGGAAGUAUUGUUUCAUGAGUACAUAAUGAAAACGCCUCAAGAGAUUGCAGCUAUGAAGGCUAGAAUAAAGCAAAAAAGACUCUUGAAAGAGCAACGUCGUGAACAACAGAGAAAAAAUGUUGAGAAAAAGAAGCAAUUGGUUAACAAAGAGCAAGACAAAGGUAAUGAGAGUGAGGAUUUAGAAGAAGACUUAGAAUGGUAUCGCAAAGAAGUGGGGGAAGAUCCUGAUGAAAAUGUAGCUGUGACCCACAAGCGGAAGUUUUCUUCAGCACCAGCUAAGCCUGCAAAGAAAAUUAAACUCUCUGCAGAAAGUUCUAAAUUAGCUAAGACAAAACAUUCCCCAGACAAAAAAUCCGAAAACAACAAAGCCUUUCAGCAAUUCUUAGCAAAACGGAAAAAGAGAAAAGAAGCUAAGUUGUUGAAAAAGAAAUCUAUGGCUCAGUCCAGAAGAAUUGUUGCUCAGAAAGCUAAACAUAAAGAAGAAAUGAAAAUUAAAAAGAAACUGUAAAUAUUUUUGUGAAUAUAUACUUUGUUAAAUAAAUGUUUUUGCUUUUUAUAAAAAG